UUCAGUCUAUAAAGAAAAUACAUCUGCACUCUCAUAUCUAUUACCUUCUUUUCCCGUUUCUACCUCAUCUUCAUCUCUUCAUUCUUUUUAUCCAUACUUCACACACUUAAUCUUAUCAUGGCUAUGGAACAAAUUCUGGUUAACGGUGUAACUGAGAUCCUGAAACCGUUGAUCUCUCUAAUUUAUCAACAGAUUCCUACGGCGUGGGGUGUAAAAGACGACUUAACAAAGCUCAAGAAUACCUUAGAGUCUAUUCAAGCUCUAAUUGCUUCUGCUGAGGAAAAACAAAUUAAUGAUCCUACUGUCAGACUUUGGAUGAGAAACCUUAAAGACGUUGUCUAUGAUGCAGACGACGUUAUGGAUGAGUUCUCAUACCAAACCUUGCGACAUCAUGCAACCGGAAGACGACUUAAAGACAAGAUACGAGAAUUUGGUUCACCCUCUAAUCCACUUGCUUUCCGAUUCAAGAUGGCUAGUAAAAUUCGAGCCAUCAAUGGAAGGUUAGAAGAAAUCUACAAAGACAGUAAAAUGUAUCAGUUGCAAAAUACUAGCAUUGUCCAAGACAAUACGACUAGGGUUUUUCAAAAUAAUCGAUUAACCUCAUCUGUUGGUGGUACUGAUUCAAUACUUCUAGGGAGGGAGGCUGCAAAAUCAGACAUAAUAAAGAUAUUGAUCGGCAAGCCGUCGCCAUCAUUAUCAUCAUCAUCAUCAUCAUGUGGGAUUUCUUCUCAAUCACAGAAAGUAUCCGCUUUAUCCAUAGUGGGUAUGGGGGGACUGGGUAAGACUACAGUAGCUCAAAUGGUCUACAAUGAUGACUUGAUAGUGAGAAACUUUGAGCCAAGAGCGUGGGUCUGUGUAUCCGAUACUUUUGACAUCUUUAAGAUUUUAAGAGAUAUCAUCGAGUCGAUUACUAGGCACAAAUGUGAGAAUCCAUCAAAUGUCGAUGUACUGGCAAACCAAGUCAAGGAAAAACUGAUCGGUAAGAAAUAUUUGCUAGUGCUCGACGAUUUGUGGAAUGAGAACGCUACGUAUUGGGAAAAUCUGAAGAGCUACCUAAGCUAUGGCGGCAUCGGCAGCAAGAUAUUAGUCACUACACGCAGUCGAAAUGUUGCAUCUGUUGUUGGUGGUGAUGUUCGUGAUCUUGAAAAGUUAUCAAAAGAUGCUUGUUGGUCCAUUAUUGAGAAGAAAGUAUUGUCCCGGGGUGGAGCAGUAUUGACAGAUCCAGAAAUGAUUAGUAUUGGCAAGGAUAUAGCAGAAAAAUGUGACGGUCUACCUCUUGCAGCGAACUUACUUGGAAGUUCAAUGUGUUCCAAAAGAGAGAAAAGCUAUUGGAGGUCAAUUGUAGACGACAUUGAUCGAUUGCGAGGUACACCUGAACAUAAUAAUGUCAUUUCAAUAUUAAAACUGAGCUAUGAUAAUUUAUCACCUCCUUUGAAGCAAUGUUUUUCAUACUGCUGUAUUUUCCCGAAAGACUGGGAAAUAGAAAGAGAAAUGUUAAUUCGAUUAUGGAUGGCAGAAGGAUUCCUUUUGUCAUCAAGUGGAGGAGAAAGUAUAUCUCUUGAAGAUAUUGGUAAUGAAUAUUUUGAGUAUUUGUUGUGGAGUUCGUUCUUCCAGGAUGUGCAGAAGUAUCAAGAGUCGGGUGACAUUUGGAAAUGUAAGAUGCAUGAUUUGGUGCAUGAUCUUGCAACGGGUGUUGUAGAUCCUAAUGAAUUUAGGAUUGUGAAGGUAAGAGAUGACAAGGAAGAUGUUUCAGAAGUUCGACGCUUACAACUGCUAAUUGAUGAAGGACAGAGUUUGGCAUCUCCUACAGUAUUAUCAAAUGCUGUGAAACUGCGUACAAUUGUUGCUCUUGAACCAAAGAAUAUUUCGCAUGUCAGUUCUUUCUUUCAAUGUAGGCGUUUACGCAUACUAUGUCCUCUCGAUGUCUGGGAUAGGGGCUGGAAUCCAUACUCACUCUCUUCUAGGAGCAUGUCUGCUUCAUCGAUUUCUAAGCUGAAGCAUCUGAGGUACCUUGACCUCUCAGACAUGUAUUUAUCUCCUGAGGUAUCUUUAAAUCAUUCUUACAAUCUGCAAAUACUCAUACUUUAUGGAUGCAAAAACGUUCCUAGCUGUCUUCUAAAUAAGAUUGGAUCUUUGAAGAGUUUGAGGCAUCUUGAUAUCUCGUUUUCGGAUAUUAAAUCUAUACCAGAAAAUAUUGGGUCCUUGGAAAAUCUAAGCUUCCUUGAUCUUUCAGGUACAGAAAUAUCGAAGUUACCGGAUUCAAUCACUUAUAUCACCAGUUUAAGGAUGUUGAGGUUCCGUAGUUGUUGUAAUUUAGAUGCCUUACCAAGUGAGCUGGGAGCACUGACACGAUUAAGGCGUCUUGAUUUGAGUUAUACUUCCAUCAAAGUAUUGCCUGAAUCAUGCAUUAGCAACCUCUGCAAUUUGGAGAUUGUGAGAUUAGGAGAGUACUGUAAGCUUCCAAAGGAAAUUAAGAAUUGGCCGAAAUUGAGAAUUUUUACUCAUGAGAGAUUUGAUGAUGUAAUGCCUAGAGGUAUAGAAAGUCUCACAUGCCUUGAAACAUUGGAUUACAAUGCUAGAAAAGAAACAAAGGUAUGUGGAAGUCCCAGUAAUAAGAGUUACGGUGGCAUUGAAGAGUUAGCAGGCUUAAACUCCCUCGAGGUAUUGAAGAUCAGAAAACUUGAAAAUGUGAGAGGUGGAAUAGAAGAUGCAGAAACAGCAAAGUUAAAGGACAAGCAACAUCUUCUAAAAUUACAUCUGGAAUGGGGUUCCACAGGUGGUGAUGAUGACCAAGUACGGAGUAGUAGAAGUGUAAAAGAUACUGCGGUGUUGGAUGGUCUCCAGCCUCACUCAAAUUUGAAGAAAUUGGUAAUAGAGGGAUUCUCAGGUUUAAACCUUCCAAAGUGGAUGAUGGGUUGUUCAUUAUCUAACUUCCUUCCGAAUUUGGGGGUAAUAAAAUUCAUAAAUUUGGAUAAUUGUGAGCAGCUUCCAGCUCUGGGCAUGCUCCAAUUUCUUAGGUAUUUUGGGAUCGGCAGAAUGAAAUCAAUCAAGUGUCUGGGUGAAGAAAUCUAUUAUCAACAAGAAAACAGAGAAGAAGAAGAAGAAGAAGAAAGCAGUAGUAGUAGUGAUACUGCAAAGAGAUCCUCAUUAUUCCCUUCCUUAGUUUAUUUGAAAAUUUGUGAAUUGGAAAACUUAGAAGAAUGGGUUGCUCCUCCUCUUUCUUCUUCUUCUUGUUUUCCUUCUCUUGAGACGAUGAUAAUCACAAACUGUAAACGAUUGAAAACCAUACCAAUACUUUCGUUUUCUUAUCUGAAGAAAUUGUAUUUAACGAUGGGUACCGAUGAUUAUGCAGUGAACUUAUUGCUGAAUAGAGGGGGAGGAGAAGGAUGUCUGCCCUCUCUCACAUCCAUUACAAUAUGGUAUUCUCCAGAUCUAAUAUAUUUACCACCAUUGGGCGCACUACUCCAACCCAGUACUUCGAAUUUUUGGUCCCUUAAAAUUCAGGAUUGCUCAAAUUUUCAAGGUGUUCGUGAUGAUGGUGAUAAUCGAAACAACAGCAACAAUUCUAUUCGUUCACUGUGGUUAGAAGAUUGUCAUGCUUUAACAUCUCUACCGGAUUUGCAAUUAUGUACUUCUAUUCGUUCACUGUGGCUACAAGAUUGUCCUGCUUUAACAUCUCUACCGGAUUUACGAUUAUGUACUUCUCUCCGGAAAUUAACAAUCUGGAAAUGCGACAAACUGAAGAAUAAGGAGUCAAUACCCUAUGAUCUUAAGAAGUCCCUCACGUUUCUUGAUGUACUCCAAGUUGAUUUCAUCCAAAGAGACGAGGGUGUUCCGGAUGUCUCUUCUCCAUCUCUGUUAAAUAAUUUGAUGGAGAAGAAGAAGAAGUAGAUUUGGUCGAUAGGAAGUCAUCUCUUCUUCUAGAAUUACCAACAGGUUGGUUGGAUCGAUGGCGAGGAAUCAACAAGCAACCAGGCAUGCUUCUUAAUUUUGCUCUUGAAAUUCUGCAAGCAGUGGGUGCAUCAUAAUGUUUAUGGACUUGGAUCUGAUGGAACGGAUAGGCUAGUAAAAUUGGUGCAGGAAAUGCAACACUCUAAAGUGUCUAAAUCUGAAAAUGGAACUCUGUUUGGAGCAAAGAUUACUGGUGGAGGCUCCGGUGGCUCUGUUUGCAUACUAGGAAGGAAUUCUGUCUACGUGGCAGCGAACAGAUUCUAGAGAUUCAGCAGAAGUACAAAUUAAGCUGCCACAGGAUUCAAGCUAUUUGUUUUUGAAGGUUCUUCUCCGGGUGCUGAAGAGUUUGGGUAUCUGAAAAUUCGUCGUCGUUUUCCACCAACAGAAGCCUAGUUCUUUUCCACCCUCCUUUAAAAAUCUGAGGCACUUUUGAGUAUUCUUUUUCAUUCUGAUUUUACUAUUCGUUGUAGUAAUUAAGAUUUCAAUUCUUGUUAUUAGAGACUGGAAUUAUCCGAGUUGCAAGUUGUAACCCUUCGUUUUGUGAAAAGGUUGUUAUAUCUGUUUUACAAAACCAUGCGUUCUCGUGAACACAA